GCGGCCGGGGGCGACAUGGCGGAGGAGCAGGACCUGUCCGAGGUGGAGCUGAGCCCCGUGGGCUCCGAGGAGCCGCGCUGCCUGUCCCCGGGGAGCGCGCCCUCUCUGGGGCCCGACGGCGGCGGUGGAGGCGGCGGAUCGGGCCUGCGAGCCAGCCCGGGGCCCGGCGAGCUGGGCAAGGUCAAGAAGGAGCAGCAGGACGGCGAGGCGGACGAUGACAAGUUCCCCGUGUGCAUCCGCGAGGCAGUCAGCCAGGUGCUCAGCGGCUACGACUGGACGCUGGUGCCCAUGCCCGUGCGCGUCAACGGCGCCAGCAAGAGCAAACCGCACGUCAAGCGGCCCAUGAACGCCUUCAUGGUGUGGGCGCAGGCAGCGCGCAGGAAGCUGGCGGACCAGUACCCGCACCUGCAUAACGCCGAGCUCAGCAAGACGCUGGGCAAGCUCUGGAGGCUGCUGAACGAAAGUGACAAGCGCCCCUUCAUUGAGGAGGCCGAGCGGCUCCGGAUGCAGCACAAGAAGGAUCACCCAGAUUACAAGUACCAGCCGCGGAGGCGGAAGAACGGGAAGGCGGCCCAGGGAGAGUCAGAGUGCCCAGGCGGGGAGGCCGAGCAGGGCAGUGCUGCUGCCAUCCAGGCCCACUACAAGAGCGCCCACCUGGACCACCGGCACCCGGGCGAGGGCUCCCCGAUGUCAGAUGGAAACCCUGAGCACCCCUCGGGCCAGAGCCACGGCCCGCCCACCCCUCCGACCACCCCAAAGACAGAGCUGCAGUCGGGCAAGGCAGACCCCAAGCGGGAUGGGCGCUCCAUGGGGGAGGGCGGGAAGCCUCACAUCGACUUCGGCAACGUGGACAUCGGUGAGAUCAGCCACGAGGUAAUGUCCAACAUGGAGACCUUUGAUGUGGCUGAGUUGGACCAGUACCUGCCGCCCAACGGGCACCCGGGCCAUGUGGGCAGCUACUCGGCAGCUGGCUACGGGCUGGGCAGCGCCCUGGCUGUGGCCAGUGGACACUCUGCCUGGAUCUCCAAGCCUCCAGGUGUGGCUCUGCCCACGGUCUCGCCACCUGGUGUGGAUGCCAAAGCCCAGGUGAAGACGGAGACCGCGGGGCCCCAGGGGCCCCCACACUACACUGACCAGCCGUCCACCUCGCAGAUCGCCUACACCUCCCUCAGUCUGCCCCACUAUGGCUCUGCCUUCCCCUCCAUCUCCCGCCCCCAGUUUGACUACUCUGACCAUCAGCCCUCAGGACCCUAUUAUGGCCAUUCAGGCCAGACCUCUGGCCUCUACUCGGCCUUCUCCUACAUGGGGCCCUCACAGCGGCCCCUCUACACGGCCAUCUCUGACCCCAGCCCCUCAGGGCCCCAGUCCCACAGCCCCACACACUGGGAGCAGCCAGUAUAUACGACGCUGUCCCGGCCUUAA